AUGUGCUGGUUCCUCUACCAUCUCUGCGACCGAUGCCGUUGGCCAGAAAUUGGCGCAGGUCUCCACCUGGUCGGCGAAUGCGACGACUUCCGCAACAAAUUCCAUGCAGACCCAAACGGACAACACGACUAUGGUGCGGUAGACCCAGCCACCGUCACACCUGCUAACAACUGGAACGCUCUGGGCACCUUCACGUUUCUGCAAUGGGUUGGAACCCGAUGGAACAUCAUACCAAAACGUGACUGCAUAAAAUGGGGCCCUAUUGCGCAGUAUCAUAUCUGUGCCGUCUGCCAGGAAGUGCUGGACCGGCAGAUCAAAGAAUGGCAAGCCUCUUUCGAAGACAUCGACUUUUCGGUACCAGCGCCCACCAGUGGUACGGAUGGUGAUCAGGGCGAGGGUCCGGUCUUUCGCGCAGAGCUCGAAGGUGAUCCAGUUCCGAGCAAGACGACUGAUGCAGCGAAGGAGCUGUUAAGUUAG